GUCGAUUAAUCGACGCAUCAGCAAGCCAUAUAACAUGAGUGUUCAGUCCAGAGAGCUCACGGUGACCUACAAAAUUGUCCCGCCGCCAUCUACGGUGGCUCCUCCAUCCCUCUCGCAUGAAACGACCCAUAGGUUUCCUGUCGCAUCUCUGCCCGCAGAGUCGAAGGAAGACGUCGACUCGGAGCUGAAGAGAUAUUACGCAUCGCUGCGAACAUCGAUUGCAGAAGCUCGCACAAAACUCGGAGAAGAGUUGACUGCUUGGAGGGAUGCAGUAGGAAAUGCAGAACUUGGAAAAGAAAAGUCUGUAAAAGCUGAAGUCGAUGAUGAAGUAGAGGAAGAGGAGAACGCAGAGGAAUGACACUAGACAGUAAUCGUGGAUGGGUAUGCAUGUGAUCCUUGAACCAAGGUAACUUCAAUCAUCGU